AUGUCGAAGAAGUGUAGCGUGCGCAGCCUCAGCGACAGUUCUCUCGCGGAGCUGGCCAAUCUCUUAGUCUCCACCAUAAGCUAUGUGCAAUACGCUCCCGAUGUGCAGCUGGACAUCAACAUUCUGAUGGUCGAACUGAAUGAAUAUCUCGCUCAAUCGGGCGCCACUUCUAACAUCUAUCAGGAUUUACUUCGUGUCAUCUUGAGUUCGGAUUAUCUGGAGGCCAACAUGCGUUUCACAUGCCUGCAAAUGUUGCUCAAUUGUGGCGUCCAUUUCCUCGUCACCGAAGUCUUUCCGCCCAGCUACUAUGAGAAGAUCUUGCAGGUGAUUGCCGCCCAAGGCGCUGGACUGCGUGUGCUCAAUCUGAAAGGGAUUUGGGUGAAGGAGGAUCACAUGCAUUAUAUGUAUGAGAUUGUGCGACGUUGCAAGCAGCUGGUCAAGCUCUAUGUGCCGUAUAUAGCCAACGAUCAGCUGCUGGAAGAGAUUGCCUUGAACUGCAAUCGUUUGCAGAUUCUGGAUAUUUCCGGUGAAACAGACAUCACUGAAAUUGGCAUUGAUCAGUUGGCCAAGGGGCUGUGCGCUCAAUCCUUAACGGUGGUCGAUGUGGGCAUGCCGGGUGAGGAGAACAUUUGCUACUCCGACAUCGCCUUAAUUCUAGAGCAUUGUCCUCGUGUGGAGACACUUUCCACAUACUCCUUUGUGGGCGCUGCAUUGAAAUUCAUCUACGAUAACAUUGACAGCAACUUCAAGUGUCGAUUGAAGUAUGCACAUGACACGGCUACAGAUGAACCGACUUUGCAGGUGCUGCUCCAGACUUGUCCGCAAUUGGAAACUCUCUAUUUGGAUUCUCCGAAGCUCGGUUGCCUGCGUGCCUUACAAACACGGCAGCUGCGUAAGCUUAAGAUCUGCAAAUUUGUUGUAGCCGAGUUGAUUUCCCUGCUCGAGCGUCCCAUGGGUCAAAAACUCCGGCAUCUGACGUUGAUCAAGGGCAGCGGAAAUCUGGAUCUGGGCAAGCUGGCGCGUCUUUGUCCCUCGCUCAUCGAUCUUGAUUGUUAUGUGGUUGAAUCGCUGUCGUAUGCGUCUCAGGUGCGCUUUCAGCAGCUCGAGGGUCUGGAGAUUCUCAGCUGUGAUAUGAUGACCAGCUCGCUGAAGGCGUUCCUCUGCAACACGACGGAUCUGAAGCGUCUGGCGGUGGAUUCUGUGGAUUUUACAGACGAUGACAUUAUAAGCAUGUUCGUGCAGCACGAUUUCAAAGUGCUGGAAGAUAUUUGGUUCACGCUGGCGCCAGAGCUCACUGUACAGGCCGUGGAGCUGCUUAUGGAGAGUUGCCCGGAACUGCAGUCUGUGGGUCAAUUGACGGGUUGGUCGCUGACGCCGGAUGAUUUAUCGCUGAUACGUGGACUGUUGAAGAGCGGAAACUCUAGCCUUGUACUGACUACGAAUGCCAAUUAAAAUGCACCUGACAAUGGUUUUUCCUACUCUCUGUCUUCCGCCUUUCCGCUUGCACACAUUUUAUGUUUGCGCAAACAUCAACAAUCAACGUUUUUGUUCUUUGCAGCGCCUGCAAUAGAUGACC